AUGACAACCCUCGCGCCGCAUGCGAUGAACGGGCGAUGUCCGAUCCCGUUUCUCCAAGAAGAUCUGUUUCCAGGCACCGGUGGAUUCAUCGGGGGCCGCUAUUGUCAGGAUAUUCCCUUGGGGGCAAGGGGGACCAAUAUCUCUUGCUGCUUGCCGUGUCCGAUAGCGUCAUGGACAUAUGGUGACGCCCUGGUCGACAAAGCGAGCGCUGCCAGUUGGAUCAGUGUUGCCAUUCUACCGCUCUGCAUCUUCCUGCUUGUCUCGUACGCCGUCCUUCCGGCCAAAUGGACGCACCGCCAUUAUCUCAGUAUUUGCUUUACGCUAGGCAUUACGUUCAUGGAGAUCGCGUUUAUCAUCCCACUCGGGGCGAAACCAGAACAAUGCUAUAACCAGAUCACGCCCAAUGAUAUGUAUUCGAGUCUAUCGUGUGCUUUUACCGGUUCAAUGCUUCUAUUCGGGGGCUACAUGGUAGUAGUAUGGAGUCUUCUCCGCACCGUCGCCUUUCAUCUUCAGGUCUGCUGGGAAGUGAUCCUCGGUCCGAAAUUCAUGUGGGGGGCUUUGAUCUGCGGCUGGGGGAUUCCCAUCAUCGGCAUCACUGUGAUGCUGCUGCUGACCGGGGUGUCGUUUCGAUUCGGGAGCAUGUGCCAUAUCAACAUCGAAAAGGGUUUACAGGACUAUUGGAUCCCCAUCACCGCAUUUGCCGUCGCCUCUUUGCUCCUCCAACUGGCGACGAUGGCCUACUGUAUCCACGUGUACAUCAAGUCGCUCUUCGACACCGAAUCGACGACGAACAGCUCCGGAUUGCCGUCGUACUCGGCCAGCGUCCGCACCCUGACCGCCCGCCAGGCCUAUCGCCGCAUCCGACGGGUGCUGAAGCUGCAGUGGCGCGGCGUGGCCCUGGUGCUGAUCAUCGUCGCCAACGUCAUCUUCUUCUCCGUGGUCUUCAUCGACCUGGAUCGCCAGCUGGAACCGAAUGCCAAGAACGUGCACCGCGCCGUCCCCUGGCUCAUGUGCCUGGUCGCGGAGAUGGGCGACCGGUCCAAAUGCGAAGCGGAGGCGGCGCUGGUGCGGCCCAGCGAGGGUAAGGUGCUCGCCGUGAUCAUCCUGCUCUCGCUCGUCGGCUUCUGGAACUUCAUCCUCUUCGCCCGCCCCUCGCUCUUCCUCGGCUGGGUCGAAUUCUUCCGCAAUUUCUUCGGCGGCGACGGCGCGCGCCACGAGUUCGUCUCCGCUGACGCCCGCGCCCGCCUCGGCGACUCGCGCUCUUAUGAGAUGCUCAACAGCACCAAAAUCCCCUCGCUCAAGUCGCCCGAGCCCAUGCUGCGCUCGCCCAGUCCCGCGCGCAUGGCCGGCGCCCAGAGCCCAGACUCCGGUGGCCACUUUGGCCGCGAUGCAAAGUACGUGCGGCCGUCGAUGAGCUUUUCCACGCCUCGGCCGCCCAGCGCCUCGCAGGGCCGCGACUGGGACCCCAAAUCAUCUUUUGCCCCGACCGUCUAUCGGGAAUAUGACGGCUGA